ACCACUGAGAAAAAAACACAUUCAAUCAAUCAAUCAACCAACCAACCUGUCAUCACAUAUCAAUCAAUCAAUCAAUCAAUCAUGUCCAUAACAUCAAAAAUGAUCCUAAUAUCAACUAUAUUGAUUCUAUUUGAAUCGAUAACAUCGAUAUCAUCAUCAAUGAAUAUUGCCAUGAUAUCAUCAUCAUCAUCAACUGCGGCUAUUUCCACAUCCAUUGCAAAUUCUCCAAAUUCUAAUGUCGAUAAUAAUAAUGGUGCAAUUGGUAGUGAACAACGUUGUGAAAAAAUAACAAUACCAAUGUGUAUGGAUAUUGGUUAUAAUUAUACAUCGAUGCCAAAUCUAUUGGAAAUGGAAACACAAGAAGAAGCUGGUUUAGAAGUACAUCAAUUUUGGCCAUUGGUCGAAAUCAAUUGUUCGGAUGAUUUGAAAUUUUUCCUAUGUUCAAUGUAUGCACCAAUAUGUAUUGAAGAAUAUCCUGGUCAUAUACCAUCAUGUAAAUCGGUUUGUGAACGUGCUCGUGAAGGAUGUAAACCAAUUAUGAUACAAUAUGGUUUUCCAUGGCCAGAUAAAAUGAAUUGUUCCGAAUUACCUGUUUAUGGUGAUGGACAACAAAUUUGUAUGGAUCCAAAAAAAGGUGCUGGUAUUGAAACCGAUAAUCAUUUUGAUCAUCAAAUGAAUAAUGGCAAUGGUAAUUUACUUGCAACAACAAAUAAUAAUAAUCAUUUGGAUGAAAAAUUCAACCAUAAUAAAAUUCAUCAUAAUCAUAAUAAAGCAAAAUCAAGAAAUAAUAAUAAUAAUGGUAAUAAAAAUCACCAACAACAACAACAAAUAUUCUCAACAACAACAACAACAACGACAACAACAGCAACAAUUAUUGAAUCAAAUACAUGUCGUUGUGAUUGUCGUCAACCAUAUUUUAUUCGUUUAACAUCGACUACCACAGCAGGUAUUACAAAUCAAAUAAUUGAUUAUAAUGAUCAUCAUUAUCAAUCAUAUCAACAACAUCAAUUUCAUCAUCAUCAACAACAAUCGAUACAUCAUUUUAAUUAUUCAAGAAUUGAAACAGCAUAUGGAUUAGCAUCAAUUUGUGCAUUAUCCUGUAAAGGUUUAUAUCAUUUUAAUGAAAAUGAACAAGAAACAGCAUUUUUUUGGAUCGGUAUUACAGCAGCUAUUUGUGCUAUUACCUGUAUGUUAACAGUGUUUACAUCGUUAACCGAUACAGAACGUUUUCGUUAUCCAGAACGUGCCAUUAUUUUUUUAGCUGCAUGUUAUAUUUUUAUUGCCGGUGGUUAUCUUUUACGUAUUCGUUUAGGACAUAAUGCUAUUGCUUGUGAUGGACCAUUUAUUCGUUAUCAACGUACUGGUCCAACACCAGCAUCAUGUAUAUUAAGCUUUAUUUUGCUAUAUUUUUUCGGUAUGGCAUCAGCAUAUUGGUGGUUAAUAUUAACAUUAACUUGGUUUUUGGCUGCCGGCUUAAAAUGGAGUAGUGAAGCAAUCACUAGUUAUGCUCAAUAUUUUCAUCUAUUAGCAUGGUUAUUACCAACAGCUCAAUCGGUAACAAUUUUAUGUUUGGGCGCUAUUGAUGGUGAUCCAUUUAUGGGUGUUUGUUCGGUUGGUAAUCAAAGUCGAGCAAAUCUAUUGAUAUUUGUCAUCACACCAUUAUGUGUUUGCAUCGCAAUCGGUAUAUUAUUUUUAUUUACCGGUUUUGUUGCAUUAUUUCGUAUUCGUCGAGCAAUUCGUCAAACACAACAUACAAUACGUGUUAAAACAGAUAAAUUAGAAAAACUUAUGAUUCGUAUUGGUUUAUCAUCAUUUUUAUAUAUCGUACCGGAGGUAGUUGUUGUUGCCUGUCAUAUAUAUGAAUAUAUUUAUCGACCAUUAUGGGAAAAAUCAUUAACCUGUUUAUGUAAUGAUAAUAAUUCAAAUAAUGAUCAAUAUUCACCACAAUUCAGCAUAAUAAUAUUAAAAUAUAUAAUGAGUUUAAUCAUUGGUAUUACAUCAAGUUUUUGGAUAUGGUCUGGUAAAACAUUAGAAUCAUGGAUGAGAAUUUAUACAAAAAUUUCAUGCUGUUCAGUAACGAAAUUUGGUUCACCAAAUUCAUCAUCACGUUCAUCCGGUGCUAGUCAAUUAUUACCAAAUAUGGGUAUUAAUUAUUAUGGUAGAGAUAUUAUUAAUGGAUCAUCAUUACCAAUGAAAACACAGACAGUUAAUCUAGGACCAACAACUGCAACGACAACAACAUCAACAACACCCCUUCAUCAUCCACAUUCACAUCAUCUUAAUCAAUUACAUCAUCACCAUCAACAACAUUUACAUCAUCAUCAUCAAUUGAAUGAAUUACAACAACAAUCAAGACAAGCAUCAUUAAUAUUACAACCAAGAUCACAAUCAAUUCCACCACCACCUUCAUUACCACCUCCACCACCUCCUUUAAUGGCAAAUCAUCAUACACAUCAUCAUCAUCAUCAACAUCAACCACAUCAUCAUAGUGGUAGUGGAUCAUUAACUGGUUCACAAUUUACACAUAUGAUUGGCAGUUCAAUUAAUGGUACUGGGAAUAAUUCCAAUAGUAAAAUUCCAUUAUCUCAUGUUUGAAACAAAACAAGCUUGAAGCUAAGUCAAUCUAAUCAUAUCAUUAUCAUUCAAACAUUUGUAAAUAUGAAACUUGUACAAAUUCUUUUUGAUUAUUUAUUAUAUACAGGUAUAAUUCAAAAAA